AUGAAUGUGUUAGCUUAUAAUAUCCACGAGUGUGGGAAUUCCAUCAAAAGAAAUAGAAUAAAGAAAUUACUCAUCUCUGGAAAUGUGGAUAUCUGCUUCAUCCAAGAAACUAAGAAGGAGAAGAUGGACAAUGGUCUCUUCCAUUUUGGGAAAAAAGGAUUUGAAUGGUCAACUACUAAUGCUAUCGGGAUUUUUGAAGGUAUCCUUACAAUAUGGAAGAAAGACAUCAUCUACCCUAUCUCAAGCUUCAGAGGUAAGGUCUUCUUGGGGAUCAAUUCCACUUGGAAGGGUCUUAACUGUUAUUUUGUCAACAUUUACUCACCCUGCAACUUACAUAACAAAAGGAUUCUCUGGUCCUAUUUAAUAAACUUAAGAUCUUCGUCAUCUUAUGGGGAAUGGCUUGUAAGUGGUGACUUCGAUGUAGUUAAAAGAAACGAGGAAAGACAUAGUAGAACAGCAUGUUGUACUGCUGAGAUGAAUGAAUUUUGUUCAUUCAUUGACGCUAUGCGUUUGGUGGAUCUCCCGGAUGUUGGCAACUGCUUUACUUGGUUCAAUAGCAGCGGAAGUUGUCGAAGUAGAUUAGACAGGUUCCUACUAUCAGAUGGUUUAAUUGACAGUUGGAAAAUUUCUGCUCAAUGUAUGGGUGAUAAAGACGUCUCCGACCAUAGGCCUGUGUGGAUUAAAGCUAAUCACUUAAACUGGGGUCCAAAACCAUUCAAAGUAUUCAAAUGCAGGUUCGAUCAUCCUGAUUUCCACGACUUCGUUAAGAAAAUUGGGAACUCUUCUCAUUUUGUUGGUAGUGCAGCGCAUGUGCUUGCGAAGAAAUUAAAAAAAUAUGAGACUGCAAUUACGGUGGUGGAAUAA